AUCCGAAUCCAACACAGUCAACUGUGCAACGCCGUCAUUAUGGAAGAUGGCAAGAGUAUCGGCAUCAUCGGGAUGGGUGAUAUGGGGAAGAUGUAUGCCCGGCGUCUAAGCGAUGCUGGCUGGCAGGUUAAUGCAUGUGAUAUCCCCGAAAAGUUUGAGGUGUUGGUGGAGGAAUUUAAGGGAAGACCGAAAAUUCAAAUCAUGCAAAGUGGCCACCUCGUAUCACGCUGCAGCGACUACAUUAUCUACAGUGUCGAAGCUAAGAAUAUUGAUGCUGUGGUGAAGACCUUUGGUCCAUCAACGAAACUCGGGGCUAUAGUCGGUGGGCAAACAUCAUGCAAAGCUCCUGAGAUCGCCGCAUUCGAAAAGCACUUGCCCAACGAUGUCCAUAUUGUCUCCUGCCACUCGCUCCACGGUCCUGGGGUUGACCCGAAAGGACAGCCAUUAGUCCUUAUCAAACACCGAGCCUCUGAUGAAGCUUUCGCUCUCGUAGAGAACAUGCUUUCAUGCUUGAACUCCAAAUAUGUCUACCUCACCCGCGAGCAACACGAUCGGAUUACCGCAGACACCCAGGCUGUGACCCACGCUGCUUUUCUCAGUAUGGGAGCCGCGUGGAUGGCAAACAACCAGUUUCCAUGGGAGUAUCCCCGUUACAUUGGGGGUAUCGAGAAUGUCAAGAUCAACAUCACGCUUCGUAUUUAUGCCAACAAGUGGCACGUAUACGCCGGGCUUGCCAUACUAAACCCUGACGCACAGAAACAGAUCAAACAAUACGCUGAAUCUGUGACAGAACUCUACAAGCUCAUGCUCGGUGGGCAUAGGGAAGAAUUGCGAGAACGAAUCAUGUCUGCUAGAGAAGCUGUGUUUGGUGGCGGACGACUGAAGCAGGAACUGCUGCUCAGGGAUGAGGUUCUCGACCGCUUCAGCUUGGGCGAUAUACCAGAGAAGCGCCUCAAGAACAACCACCUCAGUCUUCUCGCGAUCGUGGACUGCUGGUGGAAACUGGGCAUAGUACCUUACGACCACAUGAUCUGCUCUACGCCGUUAUUCCGUAUGUGGCUAGGUAUCACAGAGUAUCUUUUCCGCAAUGAGGCUUUACUCGAAGAAGUGAUCGAUACCGCCAUCAACGACAACACAUUCCGCGCCGACGAUCUCGAGUUCACUUUUGCUGCGCGUGACUGGAGCUCUCGCGUGAGCUUGGGACAUUUUGAUGCGUACCGGGAAAAGUUCGAAGGGAUCCAGGAAUAUUUCAAGCCCCGGUUCCCCGAGGCUACGAAACUGGGCAACGAGAUGAUCAAGACCAUCUUAGAGAAGACGAAAGAGACAUGAGAUUGUGUUGAGGACCGAUGAGAGGUGAUGAAACGAUAGACGGGUGUUGUUGCCCUGUUACGAUCUUUCAGUUGUAAUGUAAUGAAUGCGUCCAUGACUGCAUGAUUUGAUGCAGGACACCCUAAGAUACGUGCGUGAGGAAGUCACUAACGCCAAGAACAUGUUCAGCAUGGAACGAAGGAUGUUUCCUUCGCAAUGCCUGACUCAAUUCACGAUGAUCUCACAUUAAACCCCAUUCGCACCCCAUAUCCCUAAGCAGAUCAAAUGUUUUUCGUGAGAAAACUUCGAGAACAAGACGAGACUGUUUCAUGCAUCUCAUGCAUUUCAUGCUUGCCUUUCCCAACCAGACAAAACCACUCUUUUCUCAGUGGGCAAAGCGAAUACGAGACUAUGUGCUUACUUCCGCACAGCCACACCGUGUCUAGCAUCCGUACAUUUAAUCUAUCUAAAUCGACUUCAGCCACGCCGUAGGCAGAAGCGGGGAGGCUCUACUGUCUCUUUGGGCACAUUGGGGGAGCUUAAUGCACCAUGUGUUCCUCUUCAGAUAUACAUUCGGAUAGCGAUGCCUUGGAGUCUUACGAGCCGAAGCCACCUCUUGCCUUCACAAACUCACACUCCUCUCUAACGCUAGUGGCACACCACAUUCACUCUCACACUCUCCUACCCCCUCCACCUUCCCGCACGUUUCGCCUACACCCUGGCGCCUCGCCAUAGCACUGAUAGCCCUCGUCAUAGCGGGAUGUCACCUGCGCUUCGGCCAUGUGUCAUCUUACAGUGUGAAUGCUCCAUCCAGGCCGACUUCGUACGGAAGCAGAUCCGGCGUGAUAACCUUGAUGACAUGGGCGCUCAAUACUCCAGAGUUCUUUGAAGAUUUGGAUCGUGCGAUGCAAAGAGGACGGCUAGUUGAGAAAGUCGUGUACUCGGUGCAAGCUGCGCAUACAGCUGUAGGCUGCUACAUGAGCGCAUUGAACGACCUCU